AUGGAGGUGGACGACCUGACCAGAAGCACCCUGACCAGAAGCACGAGCAGUGUCACAACAAACAUCAUGAAGAACAUUCCCACGCCAUUUGGACCACUACCUCCGAUGUCCAGCAUGGUUAACAGGGAGAUGGAGGAGACCCCAGCGCAGCCGCCAGUCGCUGUAGCGCCACAAGAACAAGCACCAACAACCACUGUGGGCGAGGCUCAGGAAGCGAUGCAGUCGUCAGAGGACUCUACUGCCAUUGACAGCGAGGAGAAGAGCAAGGAGGUCAUCAGCAGCUCGGCGCCUUUGUCUCUGGAUUCAAACACGGGCGAGAUGGCCGCGGAUGAGGGACAACCGCUGUCCAGCACCGUAUCGCCUUCGACGGAUGUGGCGAAUCCGGUUUGCAAUAUCAUGCUUCUUCUCACGUCCGGAGCACGACAUGGAUACAGAGUGGACGAGCGGUAUCUACUGAAGCGGCAAAUGACCAUCCCGGGUGUUACGGAGAGCGGCAAGAAGGACCCAUACAGCAUCAGCGUAAUUAUGCUGAAGGAGCUGAUCCUAAAGGAGUGGAGGGAAGAAUGGGAUGCUAAGCCUACGAGCCCGAGCAGUAUCCGUUUGAUUUAUUUUGGUCGGUUGUUGAAUGACAAUGUGCCGCUGAAAGAGUGCAGAUUCAACGAGCAUGCGACGAAUGUUGUACAUAUGACGGUGCGGCCUCAGGAUAUAGUGGACGAGGAGGAGACAGAGCGGAAGAGGGCCGAAGCCAGACAGCACGAACGGCCGGAACCAACGCCCGGAUGUGGACGCUGUGUCAUUCUAUGA